AUGCCGAGGAACCCGGGCUUCUCCGAGCCUGAGUACUCGGCCGAGUACUCCGUCAGCCUGCCCUCCGACCCCGACCGCGGGGGGCGCCGCACCCAUGAGAUCUCAGUCCGGAGCUCGGGGCCCUGCCUCUGCCUGCCCCGCUUCAUGCGCCUGACCUUCGUGCCCGAGUCCCUGGAGAACCUCUACCAGACCUACUUCAAACGGCAGCGCCACGAGACCCUGCUGGUGCUCGUUGUCUUCGCCGCCCUCUUCGACUGCUACGUGGUGGUCCUGUGUGCGGUGGUCUUCUCCAGUGACAGGCUGGCUCCCCUCCUGGUGGCCGGGGUCGGGCUGGCGGUGGACGUCCUCCUCUUCGUGCUCUGCAGGAAGGGGCUGCUCCCGGACCGGGUCACCCGGAAGGUGGUGCCGUACCUGCUGUGGCUGCUGAUAAUGGCCCAGACCUUCUCCCACAUGGGCCUGGGCUUUGCCGGGGCCCACGCAGCCAGUGACACAGUGGGCUGGCAGGCCUUCUUCGUCUUCUCCUUCUUCAUCACGCUGCCCCUCAGUCUUAGCCCCAUCGUGACCAUCUCUCUGGUGUCCUGCGUGCUGCACACGCUCGUCUUGGGAGUCACUGUGGCCCAGCAGCAGCAGGACAGGCUCAGGGGGAUCCAGCUGCUGAGGGAGAUUCUGGCCAACGUCUUCCUGUACCUGUGUGCCAUCAUCGUUGGCAUCAUGUCCUACUACAUGACGGACCGCAAGCACCGGAAGGCCUUCCUGGAGGCCCGCCAGUCCCUGGAGGUGAAGAUGAACCUGGAGGAGCAGAGCCAACAGCAGGAGAACCUCAUGCUCUCCAUCCUGCCCAAGCACGUGGCGGACGAGAUGCUGAAGGACAUGAAGAAAGACGAGAGCCAGAAGGACCAGCAGCAGUUCAACACCAUGUACAUGUACCGGCAUGAGAACGUCAGCAUCCUGUUUGCGGACAUCGUGGGCUUCACCCAGCUGUCUUCUACCUGCAGUGCCCAGGAGCUCGUGAAGCUGCUCAACGAGCUCUUCGCCCGCUUCGACAAGCUGGCGGCGAAAUACCACCAGCUGCGGAUCAAGAUCCUGGGCGACUGCUACUACUGCAUCUGCGGGCUGCCCGACUACCGCGAGGACCACGCCGUCUGCUCCAUCCUCAUGGGGCUCGCCAUGGUCGAGGCCAUCUCGUACGUGCGGGAGAAGACGAAGACCGGGGUGGACAUGCGCGUGGGGGUGCACACGGGCACCGUGCUGGGCGGCGUCCUGGGUCAGAAGCGCUGGCAGUACGAUGUGUGGUCCACCGACGUCACCGUGGCCAACAAGAUGGAGGCUGGCGGCAUCCCUGGGCGUGUGCACAUCUCCCAAAGCACCCUGGACUGCCUGAGAGGAGAGUUUGACGUGGAGCCGGGCUAUGGGGGCAGCCGCUGUGAUUACCUGGAAGAGAAGGGCAUCGAAACCUACCUUGUCAUUGCAUCCAGGCCCGAGGUGAAGAAAACAGCCACCCAGAACGGCCUCAAUGGCUUGGCCCUGCUGAAUGGAGCACCCACCUCCUCGAAGCCCAGCUCUCCUGCCCUCAUUGAGACCAAGGAGCCCAACGGGGGCGCCCACCCCGGCUCCCCGUCAGAGCACCCCGAGGAGCAGGAUGCUCAGGAGGACAACCCCGCCUUUCCCAACCCUCGCCAGAGGCUGCGGCUGCAGGACCUGGCCGACCGCGUGGUGGACGCCUCUGAGGACGAGCACGAGCUCAACCAGCUCCUCAACGAGGCUCUGCUGGAGCGCGAGUCCGCCCAGAUAGUGAAGAAGAGGAGCACCUUCCUGCUCUCCAUGCGGUUCAUGGACCCCGAGAUGGAGACCCGCUACUCGGUGGAGAAGGAGAAGCAGAGCGGGGUUGCCUUCAGCUGCUCCUGCGUCGUCCUGUUAUGCACCGUCCUGGUCGAGACCCUCAUCGACCCCUGGCUAAUGACGAACUAUAUGGCCUUUGUGGUGGGGGAGAUUCUGCUCCUGAUCCUGACGGUCUGCUCGCUGGCUGCCAUCUUUCCCCAGGCCUUUCCUAAGAAGCUCGUGGCCUUCUCGACUUGGAUCGACCGGACCCGCUGGGCCAGGAACACUUGGGCCAUGUUAGCCAUCUUCAUUCUGGUGAUGGCAAAUGUUGUGGACAUGCUCAGCUGUCUCCAGUACUACACGGGACCCAACAACGGGACCGCAGGGACGCAGGGGACAGCGGACGGCUGCGUGGAGAACCCCAAGUAUUAUAACUAUGUCGCCGUGCUGUCCCUCAUCGCCACCAUCAUGCUGGUGCAGGUCAGCCACAUGGUAAAGCUCACACUCAUGCUGCUCGUCACGGGGGCCGUGGCCAUCGUCAACCUUUACGCCUGGAGCCCCAUCUUUGAUGACUAUGACCACAAGCGCUUCCAGGAAGACGACUUUCCCGCGGUGGCCUUGGAGAAGAUGCAGGAGUUUUCCAGCCCUGGGGUCAACAGCACUGUCAGGUUGCCCCUGGUGCCUUCUAAGUACUCGAUGACAGUGAUGAUGAUCGUCAUGAUGCUGAGCUUUUACUACUUCUCCCGCCACGUGGAAAAGCUGGCGCGGACCCUGUUCUCGUGGAAGAUCGAGGUUCACAACCAGAAGGAACGUGUCUAUGAGAUGCGACGCUGGAACGAGGCCUUGGUCACCAACAUGCUGCCUGAGCACGUGGCACGCCACUUCCUGGGUUCCAAGAAGAGAGACGAGGAGCUCUAUAGCCAGUCCUAUGACGAAAUCGGGGUCAUGUUUGCCUCCCUGCCCAACUUUGCCGACUUCUACACGGAGGAGAGCAUCAACAAUGGGGGCAUCGAGUGCCUGCGCUUCCUCAACGAGAUCAUCUCCGAUUUCGACUCCCUGCUGGACAAUCCCAAAUUCCGGGUCAUCACCAAGAUCAAAACCAUUGGCAGCACCUACAUGGCAGCUUCGGGAGUCACCCCGGACGUCAACACCAAUGGCUUCACCGGCUCCAACAAGGAAGAGAAGUCAGACAAGGAGCGCUGGCAGCACCUGGCCGACCUGGCUGACUUUGCACUGGCCAUGAAGGACACACUCACAAACAUCAACAACCAGUCCUUCAACAACUUCAUGCUGCGCAUAGGCAUGAACAAAGGAGGGGUCCUGGCUGGGGUCAUUGGAGCCCGGAAACCCCACUAUGACAUCUGGGGCAAUACGGUCAACGUAGCCAGCAGGAUGGAGUCCACUGGGGUCAUGGGCAACAUUCAAGUGGUGGAAGAAACACAAGUCAUCCUGCGAGAGUAUGGCUUCCGCUUUGUGAGGCGGGGUCCUAUCUUUGUGAAAGGGAAAGGGGAGCUGCUGACCUUCUUCCUGAAGGGGCGCGACAGGCCCGCAGCCUUCCACAACGGCCCCGCUGUCACCCUGCCCCAUCAGGUGGUGGACAGCUCCUGAAGGGCCUCUCGCCCCACAGCAGUCCAGUGGGAAGGGGGGAUUUAAUUUUUGGGAUCAGAGAAAAGCUUUGGGAAAGGACAGACAAGUCCUAGCAUUCCCAGACUGUUGAAGUGCACACACACACAGACUUCAGGUUUAAAAAUCUCCUCAAGCCUCCAUUUGUCCGUGGAUAUCAUGUGAGCUCCCAGGUGGCCAUGGUUCUCAGAGAGUAGGAGCCCGGAACAGUCCUUCCUGAGCCCUCAUCCCAAUCCAGCACCUUCUCCCUGAGAGGCCGUGGCCACUGUGAGCAGGCAGGUGUCAUCGGGGAGCAGAGCUGCCCUUGCCUCCCUCUGGGCUGGGAGCAGAGGUGGGGAGGCCCUGCUCCGGGCCGGACCUUGCAGGCAGUGCUUCUCACCCAGGAAAGAGUGCCAGCUGGAGACCCGAUUCCCCACGUGGUCUGGGAUAGGCUCAAUGGCCCCAGUCCUGAUGUUCCUGAUAAUCUUGAAAGGUUCUUCUGGAACCCGUCACCUUAGUCACGAGAGCAGAAAGUGCAAUAUUUCCUUUUACCUGGUUGGGUGGGAGUGGGGGAGUUUAUUUCUGAAAGAAAAAUAUAUAAACAGAUCUACAUUUAUAUUUUUAACUUUCUGUUAAAAAAAAACUUUCCAAUAUUGCCUUGCCUUUUGAGCUCUUGCUACAGUUGCCUUUGCUACUGCUUUAAAAGAGAAUUUACAGGUAUUGAUAAAGAACAAAACUGUUUUAUUAAAAGCUUUGUUCAACUUGAA